CAAAACCAAGUCACUAGUAAGUGAUGGAUAGAAUUAAAUUUCCAGUAACCCUAAUUUCAAAGCCUAUGAUAUAAACCAACCAAAUUCUUUUUCUUUUCUUCAUAGCUAAUUCUGAGGCCAAAAAAGGACGUGACUGGUAUGAAGUGAUACACCUAGUCCCACUGUUGUAUUAUUUUUCUUCCCAAGGCCCCAUUGCAUGUACAGUGUGGACUCAGUAAGUGUCCACUGGCUGGAAGGGCUUAGGGAAGGCAAACUUAUCCCUGGAUUUGGGCAAAUUGGGACCUUCCACUAAGCCUACCUAUUUUGUGGGGGGUGGGGGUGGGGAACAAACCCACGCCGUUGCCGUAACAACUGAACACAUCCAGUCACCUACCCCGGAAAGGAAGCAGGAGGGGACUAGCUUAACCAGGCUUUUCCAAAGGGCUUCCUGGGAAAGCUGGCUGGAGGCCGCAGGUGGAAUCCUGCUUCCGGUCUGCCCGAGGGGCGGGGCUUUGGGUCUCUGUGGACGCGCUUCUCCUAGCAACCUGCGGGCGUUGAGCGGGGAGGCUUGUGCGAUGGACUCGGAAAGCCUCCUGCUAUCGCUGGAGCUGGCGUCGGGCAGUGGGCAGGGUCUCAGCCCAGACCGUCGGGCCUCUCUGCUCACCUCCCUUACGCUGGUUAAACGCGACUACCGUUUCGAUCGGGUCCUUUUCUGGGGCCGCAUCCUCGGCCUCAUCGCUGAUUACUACAUCGCGCAGGGCCUGAGCGAGGACCAGCUUGCACCUCGCAAGACCCUAUACAGCCUGAACUGCAUGGAGUGGAGCCUCUUGCCCCCCGCCACCGAGGAGAUGGUGACACAGACAUCCGUGGUGAAAGGCCGCUUCAUGGGGGACCCCUCGCAUGAGUAUGAGCACACUGAGCUGCAGAAGGUGAACGAGGGCGAGAAGGUCUUUGAAGAAGAAGUAGUGGUCCAGAUCAAGGAAGAGACCCGUUUGGUGUCCAUCAUUGAUCAGAUCGACAAGGCUGUGGCCGUCAUCCCCCGAGGCGCCCUCUUUAAGACCCCCUUUGGACCCAUCCAUGUCAAUCGGACCUUUGAAGGACUGUCCUUAUCUGAAGCCAAGAAGCUCAGUUCCUACUUCCACUUCCGGGAGCCUGUUGAGCUGAAGAACAAGACCUUGCUUGAGAAGGCCGACCUGGACCCUUCCCUGGACUUCAUGGACUCCUUGGAGCAUGACAUUCCCAAAGCCAGGAAGUCUCUCGGUGUCUCUUGAUUUUCAUAUCCAUCUUGAAUAGAGGCAAGUUGGGAAUCUCCCCUGAAAAUAUUUCUGAAAACAUCCCUGAAAGUACUAGCUGUACAAACAUCUCUGCAGUUGGUUUUGGGGUUAGAUCCAGUGCUUGGUGCUCAGUGAGUGGGUGCUGACUGACUGGCCCACCUGCUAAGGAAACGAGUUCUGUACAUUUUUUUUGGGGGGGGGGUGUCUUUAGGGCUGC